GAGGCAGCCUGGAGGAGCAGAGCCCUGUGUCCCCCAGGAGCCCAAAGUGGGGAGCCCAGAGAGGGGGAGCGCCACCAUUGGCGGGAGCCUCAAGAGCCUGGAGAGGGGCAGGGGGGACUCCUUGGAGCCGCUGCAGCCCAGAGCAGAGAAUGAGGGGAGAAGGGAGCCCGGGAGCCCAAACAGCCCCGGCAUCCCGAAAUGGGGAGAGGCAAGAGGGGGGAGCUUUUGGCAUUGCUGGGGCUGCCAGCAGCCUGGGCAGGGUGGGCACCGAGGAGAAGGGGGACCCCCAAUCCAAGCAUGACCCCAGCAGCUGGGACAGAUGGGAACCCUGAACACCAGAGGGGAGGGACCAGGGACAGGGAACUCCUGGGAGGCUUUUUCAGGGCUGAAUCUUGGUGUUUGGGAGGUUUUUCUGGAGCCCGGCCGGUGACUUGUAGAGAUGGACUUGGGUAAAGGGACCUUCAAACUCAAUCUGCUCAUCCCUUGUUUUCCCCAAACCAAGAUUUCCCAUUCCCAACCACAGGGAGGCUGCGAGGAAGAGGAAGAUGCCCCAGGACACUGAGGCAGAGCAGGAGCUGAGCAUGGAGAGCAGGGAGGACAAAUGCCCGCGGCAGAACCUGGUGGAAGAGGCCGUUUUGAGCGGCUCCACAGCGCAGGAAGGCAACGGGGAGGAAAAGGCCCGGAGAUGCCGCACGAGGAGGGGCUGCAAACGCAGAUGGCGGGGAUGUGAGGGGGAAAGAGCCAGCCUGGGCCGGGAAGGCGGCCGGAGAUGGAGCCAGAGCUUGGAGCUGGUCCUCCAUGAGCAGCUCCAGGAUGGGGAGAAGCCCCACAUGUGUGGGGAGUGUGGGAAGAGCUUCAGCCGGAGCUGCCACCUGAUCAGGCACCAGAGGACCCACACCGGGGAACGGCCCUACGAGUGUGAUCAAUGCACGAACAGGUUUCAGACCAGCUCUGAUCUCCUCCUGCACCAGCGCACGCACACAGAGGAGAGGCCCUUCCACUGCCCUGAUUGUGGGCAGGGCUUCAGGCACAGCUCUCAUCUUGUCAUGCACCGACAAAUCCACACUGGGAAGAGGCCCCACGAGUGUGAGGAAUGUGGGAAGAGCUUCAGCCAUAGCUCCUACCUGAUCAGGCACCAGAGGAUCCACACUGGGGAGCGGCCCUACGAGUGUGGGGAGUGUGGGAAGAGCUUCAGGGAGAGCUCCACCCUGAUCAGGCACCAGAGGAUCCACACCGGGGAGAGGCCCUACGAGUGUGGGGAGUGUGGGAGGUGCUUCAGCCUUCAUUCCACCCUGGUCAUCCACUAAAAGAUCCACACUGGUGAGAGGCCAUACAAGUGUUCCAAAUGUGGGAAGGGGUUUCCGAUCAACUCAAAUCUCCUCCAGCACUAUUGGAUUCACAUAGAGGAGAGGCCCUACCAAUGCCCUGACUGCGGGAAGGGAUUCAGGAAGAACUCCAACCUCAUCACCCACCGGCGCAUCCACACUGGGGAGAGGCCCUACGAGUGUCCCCAGUGUGGGAAGAGCUUCUCCUGCAGCUCUCACUUGACCAAACACCAACGGAGGCACCAGUAAGGGAAGCCCUGUGAGUGCCCCGAGUGCGGGAAGAGCUUGGUGCGCUGCUCCAGCUCCAUCCCCCACUGGAGGAGGCACUUUGGGCACAGCCCUGGUGAGCCACAUUCCCUGUGAUCCAUGUUGGGAACAC